AACUAGUUUAGUGAAAACAGGUUAUUUUGCUUUUCUAAUUAAGUAUAUAACUGCAUUUAAAGAUUCAUCCUAGAUUUAGUUUUGUGCACAGUAAUUUUCCUUAAAAUACUAACCUUUUGAAUAUGGAUUUAAUAUCUGGAAGUUGCAGUUGAUGGAAGUGUUUUUUCAUUAAUAUUAUAUUAAUAUGUUUGCUGCUGCUACCAAGAGCUUUGUUAAGCAAGUUGGAGAUGGAGGGAGAUUAGUUCCCGUUCCAAGCCUCAGUGAAGCUGACAAAUAUCAACCUUUGAGCCUUGUGGUUAAAAAGAAAAGAUGCUUUUUGUUACAGAGAGCUAAAUUUACCUCCACACCUUUUACACUGAACGAUAUUCUCCUAGGAGACAGAGAAAUUUCAGCUGGUAUCUCAUCCUACCAAUUACUGAAUUAUGAAGAUAAAUCAGAUGUUUCACUCUAUGGAAGGCGAGGAAAUCAUAUGGUGAAUGAUGUUGGGGUUAAUGUUGCUGGAUCAGAUUCUAUUGCAGUAAAAGCUUCAUUUGGUGUGGUAACUAAGCAUGAAGUGGAAGUAACGACAUUACUCAAGGAACUUACUACUAGAAAAAUUAAUUUUGAUCACUGCCUAAUCCGUCAAUCAAGGAGUAGUAGAAAGGCGGUAUUGUGUGUGGUCAUGGAAAGUAUUAGAACAACACGCCAGUGUUCAUUAUCUGUGCAUGCUGGAAUGCGUGGGGAAGCAGUGAGGUUUCACAUUAUUGAUGAACAAAACCCAAAGGGAAGAGACAAAGCUAUUGUUUUUCCUGCACACACAACCAUAGCUUUUAGUGUUUUUGAACUUUUCAUUUAUUUGGAUGGUGCCUUUGACCUUUGUGUCACUUCAGUGUCAAAAGGAGGAUUUGAAAGAGAAGAAACAGCAACAUUCGCAAUACUCUACAGAUUAAGAAAUAUACUGUUUGAACGAAAUAGAAGGGUGAUGGAUGCCAUUGCUCGCUCUGAACUUUACAUGGAUGACCUUUUCUCAGAUUACUACUAUGAUAAACCCCUCAGUAUGACUGACUUCUCUCUUAGAGAAGGGACUCAUGUUCGAGUUAAUUUACUCAAUCACAAUAUUCCGAAAGGGCCUUGUGUCCUCUGUGGAAUGGGGAACUAUAAGAGGGAAACUGUUUAUGGAUGUUUUGAGUGUUCUUACAAUGGACAAAAGUAUGUAAGACUUCAUGCUGUGCCCUGUUUUGACGUUUGGCACAAGAGAAUGAAAUAAAAUGAGUCCCUUUGAUGCAGUUUUAAGUGUAAUUGUGCCAUAACCCUUGCUAAAUGAUCUGGAUUCAAAUGAGUUGGUUAAUUGUGAAAAAUAUAAGA